UUGCGGUGUCGCGGCGUGAAUUGUCCUGCCGAGAUGGUACCGGAGCCGCAGGGGCGGCUGGUGGCGGAGCUGCUACUGGGGGCGGGGGAAGCCCGCAGCAUCCUCUGCCUCUGCUCCCGCGCCUUCGUCGAAGAUCGAAAAUUGUAUAAACUGGGAUUAAAAGGAUUUUAUGUCAAAGGUGACAAUGACAGUACAGGGGAGGAGCAAGCAUCUGAGGAGGAGAACCAUUACCCCAAUGGGACAACAAAAGGGGGUACGAACCAUGCUCUCGACCCUGAAGAAGCUGAACUAGACUCGGAGGCUGAGCUUAUGAAGAGCAUGGGAUUGCCUCUUCAGUUCGGUGGGCAGUCAGCCCACAGGGACUUUGUGGCAACAGAAAAUCAUAGAAAGAGAAAUAACAUGAAAAUUGUGAAAAGGAAAAAGAAGAAGAAAAACGAGUUACAGCAAAAACAUGAGGAGAAAACGGGCCAGGAUCAAGCUUGUGGUGAUUGUAUCCAGUCUGUUUCUGCUGAACUGGCAUUAGCUACAGAGCUACAUGAAAACAGCAGCAAACCUCAGGCUGGAAAUGAAGGGAACUGUGAAAAUUCAGAAAGUCUUGCAAAUGAGGCUUUACCCAGUGAACUUAAAGGAAAAUGGGAGAAGUACUGGAGUGAGUAUGGAGAGACUCUUCUUUGGCAAGGUUGGCUGGAGAAGCAUCAAGAGGUCUCAUUGUCUGAGGCUGCAACAGCCUCUGAGCCUUGGAAUAGUCCAGCUACCAGGGAAGAGUGGGAGCAACAUUACAGUGAACUGUACUGGUAUUAUCUGGAACAGUUUAAAUACUGGACAAGUCAAGGAUGGACUACUGAGAGCUCACAUGGUGACAAUGUGGAAGUUAAUGGAGAUACCCAGGAGACAGGUCUUUUGGGGAAAAUGGAUGUGGUUAGCCCAGGGGCUGAAUGCACUGAAGUGCUGAGCUUGGAGCUGUCUCCUUCAAAAAUCAGAAGUGAGGACAUUCUCCCUGCAAGUGCUGAGCCCCACAGUAAAAUAAUCUCUGGGAUUUGUAGGUUAAGUUUGAAUUUGGAGGAAGUGGAGCAGAGCAGUGCAGCUCUACCAGUAGCCCACCAAGGUCUUCAAGAGCGUGGUUCAUCUGACAGUGAAAGCCAGAAGGAGCCCUGUGAUGGAGGAACCAGGAAGAGGAGUGCAUCUUGUGAAAAUAAAAGUAUUAACCAAUCAGGUUCACAGGGGCCAUGUAGCUUGAAAUCAAAUGACAAGGAGCAGUUGCUGCUUCACAACCAAGAUGAAGAUGAGGAUGAAGAGCCUCCUGAAUACAGACAUACCAAAGUCAAAAGAAGCCAUGAACUGGAUGUGGAUGAGAACCCAGUGGAAGAUCCUGAGGAAACUUGCUCUGUUUUGGGUUUCAAGUGUGGCACGGGACAAAAGUAUGGUGGAAUUCCUGAUUUCACCCACCGGAGUGUCCAGUACUUGGAGAAAAAAGCAAAACUCAGGUCCAAAUUCUUGGAUAUGCGUAAACCAAGAAAGAGCAAAAACACACACAUCUUCUUUACAGAGGAAUCUGAAAUGUCUUGCAAAAAAAGUAAAACUUUGAAGAAGGUGGAAGCAUUUUUGAAGCAGGUUAAUAAGCCUGAGGAGGAGGCCACAUCCCAGACAGCCUCCCUUGAGGGUAAAGCGGAGGCAUCAUCAGGAAGCAGCGACUUGGAGGAUCAAGAAGGCAUUGCUGCCUCACAGGUGGCAACACUGAAUGCUGAAAAUGAAAACCCACCAUCUUCCAGCAUGGCUGGGUGUGAUCCUGGAAGGAGUAACGUUGAGGAGGAAGCUCAGGAUGUGGCAAUGAGUGGCUGUGAUGGUUGGGAUGCGGGGAGGAAGGAGCACAGCUGUGGGCGGCAGCUGGUCCCUCUGGAUAUUCCUGAUUAUCUCCAGGCAGAGACAGAGGAUGUCGGCCAAGUUGCAGAUGAAAAAAUUAUUGCAAAGAAGAAGGAGAAAAAAAAGAGGAGAAGGAAAAAAAAUGCACUGGGAACUAUACCUGCUGAGAUUGCUGCUGAUCCAGAGCUGGCCAAGUACUGGGCACAGCGCUACCGACUGUUCUCUCGGUUUGAUGAGGGAAUUAAAUUAGACAGAGAAGGCUGGUUUUCUGUUACUCCUGAGAAAAUAGCUGAGCACAUUGCUGUCCGUGUCAGCCAGUCGUUCAACUGCGAUAUCAUAGUGGACGCGUUCUGCGGGGUUGGGGGAAACGCCAUUCAGUUUGCAUUGACCUCAAAAAGAGUGAUUGCUAUUGAUAUUGAUCCCGAGAAGCUCAGUCUUGCCCGGAACAACGCCGAGGUGUACGGCGUGGCGGAUCAGAUAGAAUUUGUGUGUGGAGACUUCAUGGUGCUGGCUGCUGACCUCCAAGCUGAUGUUGUGUUCCUCAGCCCACCCUGGGGGGGGCCUGACUAUGCCACUGCUGAAAUCUUCGAUAUCCAAACCAUGAUUUGCCCAGAUGGAUUUGAAAUUUUCAGGCUCUCCAAGAAGAUCACCAACAACAUUGUGUACUUUCUACCUCGGAACGCUGACAUUGAUCAGGUGGCUUCCUUAGCAGGGCCAGGAGGAAAAGUUGAAAUAGAACAAAAUUUUCUCAAUAACAAACUGAAGACAAUAACAGCUUAUUUUGGUGAUCUGAUAAGGCAUGACAUCUCCUGAAUUUAGCCUGGAUUCAUCCAAACCCAACCUUCCUGACUGCUGCUUUGCUGAAGCUUUUGUACAGCUGGCUCAUCAAAAUUACUUAAAGCCAUUUUUUGCUUUAAUUUCUGUUUACAGAAAUUUGUUCUGUUUAUUGCUACUGUCAAUAAAUGUUUUAUAAUAAUUUUG